AUGUUCAUGGCUGUACUUCGCAAGCAAGGGUUCUCACCGGUUCUGGUGGAGUUCUUUGCCUCUUAUCUUGUUGGUUGUUCCACAGUUUACUGCUGGAACACCUUCCAAUCCGACUUGCGCUCUGCGGACGUGGGUGUCAGGCAGGGCUCAGGUCUCUCGCCUGUUAUCUCUGGGCUGUUCAUUGCUCUGGUAAUGAAGCUCUUCUACAUCAAAGCAGCGCCGCUCAACACGACACUGCUUUCCUUUGUGGAUGAUGGGACCAUUCUGGCCCAAUCCAAACAACUUGAUGAUAAUAAUGUGGGCCUGUGUAAGGCCUAUAAGAUUAUCUACCUUCUCUUUGUUGCUUUCGCACUUGUUCUUGAACACGACAAGACCGAGCUGUUCCACUUUUCACGUCGACGAGACACCUACAAUCCCUCGCUGGAUUUGGGGUACGCCCCGCAUACCGGCGCUACACCUUUGAAGCCCAAGACCUAUUGGAGGUACCUGGGCUUCUACUUUGACCACAGGCUCACCUUUCAUGAGCAUGUCCACUACUAUGCCACCAAGGCGUUCACCACCGUGCAGGCCAUGCGCAUGCUUGGGAACUCCACCAGAGGUCUCUCGCCUAAACAGCGCCGCCUCUUAUAUAGAUCGUGUGUGGUUCCCAUUGCCACGUACGGUUAUCGUCUCUGGUCAGCCUCUUUCUCUUGA